UUCACUCGACAUGAACAGCAAGAAGCAACCGAGCAGUUCCUUUGUCUCCCCUUGUAACUCAAACGCUUCUUUCUUUCAUGCAAGACAAGAGAAAGAGGGUGUUUUUGUUGCUUCUUCACUUCACCUCGAGCAUGCUAAUGCUUUCUCUUUCCCUCUAUCUAAAACUCACUUUUUGGGUUUAUUAUUAACCUCCUUGCUUGCUUUUCUGCCCAUUGGCCCAUCUCACUCUUGUUCCUUUAUGCUUUUACUCUCUAUUGUACCUUUUGGUCAUCGCUGCCUCCUGACCAUUCUUUAACCUGGAUUUUUUUUCUUCUUUCUCUCAUUCAUAUCAUACACUCUUUAGGCUCAACUGACUGUGGAGAUUAUGAUUGUUUUUGCUUACUGUUUGUUGAGUUUUUCUUUGCACUCACUUACCUGAGAUCUAGGAGGAACCGUGGACCUAGAAAUGGGAUUAGAGAUGGAAUCAGAUUCCGACAGAAACAGUACAGGUCUGAGUCCUAAUACUGUUCUUCCAUCUCCUCGGCAAUGUUUAAAGCUUGAAAGGAGAAAUGCAAGAGGUAAACCUACACAUAGAGAUGAUAUAUUGAGAGUAAAAGAGGGUUUCACAGAGAUUAGCUUUCAUCGCUUCUGCAGUGCCUCUUGUAAAAGCACUCAAUCCAGACCUGUUGGGCUGGAAGAUACCAUAGAGCUGAAGCGAGGUUCAAUAUAUCAAUGUUCCAAAGAAGUAAGGAAGAUUAAGAAAAUGGGAGCUAUUGAGGAAAGGAAAAAAAUUGAAUUGUCACGUAGUAGUGACACCUUAUUUUCCUCUAGGGUUUUUGACUCCUUAUGUAAUUCAGAUGAGGAAGAGGAAAGCACACAGAAGAGAACUUCAGUGAUGUCUGUCAGCUCAAAAUUGAAAGCAUCAUCCGUUUGUAAGUCUUGUUUAGAACCAUGCCCUUCGGAUGGAUUCAUUGAAUUCUGUCUGAAUUCAGAUACAUUAAAGGAUCUGAAUUUCAUAUGUGAUGAAGUUGCUGGUCCUGUAAAUGAUGGUAACACACUUGAUAGAGACAAAGAUUUGACAUUUCAGAAGUCACAUUCUGCUGACUGUUCUCCUUCUCAAUCAGAAAGUAGUCACUCCUCCAGAGCCGGAUUCAAGACUCGUUUUAGUCCUAUCAGAAAGAUGUUUGAUCCAUUCACGAAGUCCAAGUCUGUGCCAAGUCCUUUGGGUUUUGUGGUGCAAUCUGAUGAAGUUGUCAAAGCCACUGGGAUGGAAAAAAAGAGGAGGAAAGGGACAUUACAAAAAUCUUUAUUGCAUGACUUUUCUCAAACAGGUCAGAAUUCAGAAUUUGAUUCUCUGUUUAUCAAGAAAGAUCAGCAUCGUUCAGUUGUGUCAAAUUCACCGGUACACUUACAUGGCCUUCUCAAGAUUGAAAGUAAGCAAGGAGUACCAUUUUUUGAAUUCACGUUGAAUUGCCCUGAAGAUUUUAUUGCGGCCAGGGCAUGGAAGGAAGAUCAUGCUUUCAAUUGGGUAUAUACCUUUCACUCCAUUGAUGGUAGAAAAAAGAGCAAUGCCAGUGGAUGGGGAUCAAGUGAUAUCAACAAAGAGUGCUCAGUGGUUGGACAAAUGCAGGUUUCCUGCUAUAUAUGCUCAGAACUAAAAAAUGGUGGGGUUUUUGAUAACUCUAUGGUGACAGAAUUUGUAUUGUAUGAUAUAGCUCAUGCAAAACAAAGUGUCAUCUCUAGAGAACACAAGAAGUGUUCCUCUGAGGAUGCAUCUCCUAAGGGUCCUAAUCGAGGUUUUGUAGAGGGAAAUCAUGAAUUGAAUAAUGAGUCUGAUUUGGGAAGGUUUAAAGAUCAACCAAAAUAUGCUUCUAAUAAAUCCAAUCCAUGUCCAUGGCUAUCUGGGGAUUUGAGUCCAAGCCUGGAAGUUGCAGCGGUUGUUAUUCAAGUGCCAUUUGAGAAAAGAGAAAGCCUAAAAUAUAGGAGAGGGCGUAAAACCAGUGAUAAAAUGCAUUCAAAUCUUCUCAAUUUCUCUGCGUUUGAGCAUACUGAAAAAGAUUAUGUUGAAAGCAAAAUUUAUGAAAAUGUGAAUGUGAUCAUUCCAAGUGGUAACCAUGGUUUGCCAAGUGCUGAAAGCCGAGGACCUUCUCCAUUACUGGAUCGAUGGAGGUUUGGUGGAGGCUGUGACUGCGGUGGCUGGGAUAUGGCCUGCCCCCUUACUGUUUUUAGCAAACCCAAAAUUCAAUAUGCUGAAGAUAAACUACUACUGGAUAAUCAACAGCCUGUGGAACUUUUUGUUCGGGGAGCAAAAGAUAAUACACCAGCAUUGUCCAUGGUAGUUCUAGAAGAGGGGUGGUAUGCAGUUGAUUUCCAUGCUCAACUAUCCACUUUGCAAGCAUUUUCUAUAUGUGUUUCAAUAUUACAUGGUACGGAAACCUCCGUUGCCAGGCAGGAGAAAAGAAUGCAGUUGCCGCAUUGCAAUUCACUGAAAAUGAUCAUUGAGGAGGAAGUGAAAUUCUUGAUUGAAGCAGUCACCGAAGAGGAGAAGAAGAAAGUCACAAGAAGGAUGGAAGAGAGUCCACAACCCUAUGUGAUCAACCCUCCCUUCUCUCCAAUGUCUAGAGUAUAGAGUCCAUAGACAGAACCAGCACAAUCAGUAAAAAGCUUUUUAUAAACGGCUUCUCUGGAGAACUCCCGUAUAGGAAUUGAGAAGGAAAACGGAGGAAGAAGACAUUAGUAGUAGAAAGACUACAAAAGGAUGUCAGUUUCUGCCUUAUCUACAGACGAAAACAGUCAUUGGCAUCAAAAUUCUUGUGGCAUGACAGUAAGCUCAGUAAAGCUGAAUGAAUGGAGUGACAACUUUCCAUAAGGGAAGUUGGAGGUAAAACUGGGCAAUGCAGGCCACAAACUUGAGGGGUUUUACAUAGAAUUAGAAGUAGAACAGAAACACAUACUGUCCAUAUUGUAAGCUGAUAGGGGAAGAGCGGGAGUACUUUUUGAAGAUAGCAGUCAAUUUUCUUAUACUUCUGUGUAUCAUAUAAAAUAUUUAUAAAAAUAAAAAUAUCUGAUGGUAAAGGGGAACUAGCUCCUGGGAAUUUGAAAGAUGUUGUUACUGAUUUUGGAGCCAUGAAAGUUCAAAAGAUUUUGUAACAAAAAUUUAAAAAAACCAUAUUAUUUAUCACUAAAAUAAUGCAAUCGCAACUGUAAUCAGCUUUA